AUGAAUUGCGAAUGGUGCCCUCCGAAAUGCGGCACAAAAUUCCCACCCUGUUUUCAAAAAUAUCCUGGCGUUGGUUCGAAAACAAAUCCAGGCAAUAUAUUGGGAUUACAUCUCUUGGCCAAUCGAAUCAAACCCAACUUUCUCGAUGGCAUUAAGCUGGACUAUCGCCACAGACUUAAUCCGAACAAAAUUAUGACAGCCAGUUGGAGAUUGAGUCACAAUGAGCCAUCCGGCUUUCGCUUUGGUGGAAUUUACACAGCACGAUUGCAAGGCGAUGUAAUGCAAACACCUACUAUUCAUGCCGAAAUCAAUCCAACUAAUGUCUCCACAGACAUUGGAAUUGUGUAUCAUCCGCAUCCUCAGUUGCGCAUUCAGGCCGAAAUGCAGAGAGCUAACAUGGGGGCACCGUUGGAGACGCAAACAUGCAUUGAACUCUCAACAGAUACUGCAACACUUACGGGGAUGCUCUACAAUGCCCGCAGAGAAAGCGGUCGAGGAACUCUCUCGUAUUUACGAGCCAUUAAUAGCAAACUGUCAUUGGGCGGGGAGCUUUUGAUCGAAUGGACCGAUCCGCAUUCUAUGAUAGCGGAUAUUGCUUUUGCAGCUCGUUACCGACGCAGUUCCUAUUGCAUAGCAGCAACCAUAUCGCGUCAAGGAGUGGACAUGAGUUACUGGCACAGAUUACAUCGUAAAAUUCAAAUGGCAACCUUGUGGGCGUGGCAGCGUAAGACAGAAAAGUCUUUAGCCACUAUCUGUUAUCAGUGGAACUUUGAGGACGCCUGUGUGCGAGGACAAAUCGAUUCGAAUCUUUCCGUUGGCUUCAUUUACACCAGUUUCAUGCCACAUGUGCCGCUGGGUAUCGAUUUGAGUUUGCUGAUCAAUUUACUAACAAAUCGCUUUGUGUUUGGUCUAAAUUUCAGUCUGGAUCCAAGUGGGCUUUGCAGAGGCGAAUGA